GUGGCCAUGAGCACAUUUGUGUGCGAAGGUGUGUGUAUGUGAUACAGUAGGAGGAGUGUGCACCUGCUAAGCUGCACCUGGUUGUCAGAGAGAAGAGUAUACACGAAACCAGAGGGAGAGAGAGAUCAAGAGAGAGAAGGAGAACAAAUGAAAAGGUGGAAAAAGCAGUCUCAAGCCAUCAGCACAGGGCAAUGAUUGCACUCACUGGACCUGACUGUAAACAACACUGAGUGGACUGAACUGAAGGCCAGUAACCUCUGGAGGGACGAUCGUGACCCCAGCCUCAGUGACGCACUUUCACCCGCACAGGCCUAACCUCUCCUUCCCCAUGGCUACGGCAGAGCCUGCCCCUGCCUGGUGGAAGCUGACCUUCCUCCGUAAGAAGAAAUCCGAGCCCAAGGUGUUGUAUGAGAUCCCUGCAGAAUACAUCAAUGCCGAGGCCGCACCCGGAACUGCUGGACCACCUGAUGACAGCCAGUUCAACGCCCGCCUCGAACGAAUCGUGGACAAAACGGCCACAAAAGGACGUCACGUUAAAGUGUCUCACUCAGGCCGCUUCAAGGAGAAGAAAAGGAUCCGUGCAACAUUAUCAGAAAACCCUGAGCUGUUCCCCAACCCUGACCCUUGCAAUGGCAAUGAGAGCACAAACAAAUGAAGGCCAUGGGGUCAUGGUGUCAGUCUGCUUGAGGAAUCAAGUGUUUUACAUAGGCCUACAUAUGCACAAAUGCACAAACAACAAAAAACAAUUCCACCUCUGCACCUGAAUUCAACCAGCUGCCCUUGAAUAACGUAAAUCAACAAAUAAACCAAAACACUUGCUCAUGUUUUAGUAUGAUUUUGUAUGAAGUGAGAUGACAUCCUGUCACUGUGGUCUUUUAUAUACAGAAAAUAAAUAUUUAAAAUGACUUUUAAAAUAAUAAGGCAUUAUAUUUUGAUAAAGAACUGAGCUGUACUAGUUUCUUAUUAAGCUAAAUGGGUUUUGUAUUCGGUAAAGUAAAGCUUGUCAAACAUGGCAACAGUAGCUAUGAAAGAAUGCAUUCGUGGGUGAAGCAUGAUAAGGCCUAAAUUUGAAGUUAUGUUUGCAAUUAGGUCUGCACACACAAGCUUAAAAAUACAAAUAGUCUGCAAUAAAAAGGCACAGUAAACUUUUGAA